UCUAUAACUUCUUGCUUUCCCCUCAUCACACCCACACACACCCACACACACAUACUUACACCCACAACAAUGAACAUUUUGAUCGCUCUUCUUCUCUUUCUUCUACCAGUUCUCUUUCUGUUAGGCAGGAGCAGAAGAGGAUCAUCAAGAAUGCUACCUCCGGGAUCAUUGGGAAUCCCCAUAAUAGGCCAAAGCAUUGGCAUGCUCCGAGCCAUGAGGACAAACACAGGAGAAAUAUGGCUCCAAGAAAGAGUGAGGAAGUAUGGACCUAUCUCAAAGCUCACUCUCUUUGGCAAACCGACAGUAUUCAUUCACGGGCAAGCAGCAAACAAGUUUAUAUUCUAUGGAGACAGCAGCAUGCUUGCCAACAAGCAACCAUCAUCCAUCCGCGCGAUUCUGGGAGACUGCAGUCUGUUUGAACUCAGUGGCCAAGAUCACAGACGCGUGAGAGACUCUAUCGGGUCGUUCUUGAGACCAGAAUCGCUGAAGCAGUACAUGGGAAAAAUAGACGAAGAAGUCAGAAAGCACAUCGAGUUGCACUGGGAGGGAAAGGAAAAAGUUGCGGCAUUGCCCCUGAUGAAAAUCCUUACAUUCAACAUCAUAUGCUCUCUUCUCUUUGGUAUGGAGGAAGGAGCUAAAAGAGAGAAAUUCUUGCAAAACUUUCAAGAAAUGAUAGAGGGAAUGUGGUCCAUACCAGUAAACCUGCCAUUCACACGCUACAAUCGGAGCCUCCGUGCAAGCUCAAGGGUCCAAGAUUUGUUGAAGGAACUUGUACAAGAGAAGAAGGUGAAACUAGAGCAGCACACUGCAGCUCCUCAUCAAGACUUAAUCACGAGCUUGUUAAGUAAGCGCAACGAAGAAAAUGAACGAGUUGUGACUGACAAGGAAAUUCUGCACAAUAUCAUGCUUGUCAUGGUUGCUGGACAUGAUACCUCAUCCAUACUUAUAACUUUUGUGCUGCGUCUUCUAUAUAAGAAUCCUGCUGUUUAUAAAGCAGUUCUUCAAGAACAAGAAGAGAUCGCAAAAAGCAAGACUUCAGGAGAACCUUUAACUUGGGAAGACCUUGCCAGGAUGAAGUACACAUGGAGAGUAGCGAUGGAAACUCUAAGGAUGGUUCCGCCUGUUUUUGGUGGCUUCAGGGUAGCUCUAAAGGAUAUUGACUAUUGUGGGUAUCUCAUUCCUAAGGCCUGGCAAGUCUUCUGGGCAUCAAACAUGACACACAUGGAUGAGAGCAUAUUCCCGGAGCCAUCAAAGUUUGAUCCUGCUAGAUUUGAAAACCAGAAGUCAGUACCGCCCUACAGCUUUAUUCCUUUUGGAGGAGGGCCUCGCAUAUGCCCAGGAAACGAAUUUGCGAGGAUCGAAACCCUUGUUGCAAUCCAUUAUCUGGUCACUCAGUACUCUUGGGAGUUAUCUUCAGAUGAUCAUUACAUUAGGGACCCCAUGCCAGUACCUAGUCAAGGACUAUUGCUCCGGAUUGUGCCAAAGAUACAGAAAUGAACUAGAAUUCUUUCCUCGACUAUCCAGGACUUUCACGGUGCCACCACCUUCAAGAGCAUUCUGCCAAUGGUUUGAGAAUAGAGUUAAAAGACUAUAAACCCAAGAAAGAAGCCAGUGGUUUGAGAAGCUCUUUUGAAUAACAUAAUCAAGAGCAUUCUGCCAAUGGUGUAUGUUUUCAAUUUGCAUUAUGCUAUAUGCAUGUCGUCAGUACAAAUUCGACAGUUCGCUCGACCUCCCUGUGUCCAUGCAAUCUUCCUUAUCUUAGCCCCUCCAGAAACUAUAAAGGCUUUCUAUAUUACUUAAAAUAGAUGGGGACUGAACAGAAACGG